GAAUGAUCCAAGAAAUGCAAAAGGCAAUUGUUGAAACAGCAUCUUGAUUUGAUGAACUUACUAGGAAAAAAAAGGGAAAAUAUGAGAGAAAAAAACACAAGGGAAGAUGGAAAUUGAUUUGACUCCGAAGUCGGCGAAGGAGGCGUACGGGAACAAUGGGGGGUCAUACUUGGCGUGGUCCCCAUCGGAGCUUCCCAUGCUUGGUGAAGGCAACAUCGGCGCAGCCAAGAUCAUUCUCCACCAACAUGGGUUUGCUCUUCCUAGCUACUCUGAUUCCUCAAAGGUCGCUUAUGUUUUACAAGGAAAUGGUGUUGCUGGAAUUGUUCUUCCUGAAUCAGAGGAGAAGGUAGUCCCUAUUAAGAAGGGCGAUGCACUUGCCCUUCCCUUUGGUGUUGUUACAUGGUGGUACAACAAAGAGGAUACUGACCUAGAAGUUUUAUUCUUGGGUGAUACCUCAAAGGCCCACAAAGCUGGUGAAUUCACUGACUUCUUUCUCACAGGCUCCAAUGGUAUCUUCACCGGCUUCUCAACUGAGUUUGUGAGCCGAGCAUGGGACCUAGAAGAGGAUGUUGUUAAAUCCCUUGUUGGAAAGCAAUCAGGGAAGGGCAUUGUUAAGCUUGAGGGGACUUUUGAGAUGCCUGAGCCAAAGAAAGAACAUCGAAAUGGCUUGGUAUUGAACUGCUUGGAAGCUCCAUUGGAUGUUGACAUUAAGAAUGGUGGAAGGGUUGUGGUUUUGAAUACUCAGAAUUUACCUUUGGUUGGUGAGGUGGGGCUUGGUGCUGAUCUUGUUAGGUUGGAUGGAAGUGCAAUGUGCUCCCCUGGUUUUUCCUGUGACUCUGCAUUACAGGUGACCUACAUUGUUAGGGGUAGUGGCCGUGUUCAAGUGGUCGGUGUUGAUGGUCGCCGGGUCUUGGAAACCACCCUCAAGGCAGGCAGUUUGUUCAUUGUACCAAGGUUCUUUGUUGUUUCAAAGAUUGGUGACCCAGAAGGAAUGGACUGGUUUUCUAUCAUUACAACUCCCAAUCCUAUAUUCACCCAUUUAGCAGGAAGGACUUCAGCAUGGAAGGCCCUGUCUUCUAAAGUACUGGAGGCUUCUUUCAGUGUGGGUUCAGAUAUGGAGAAGCUUUUCCGCUCCAAGAGGAAUGCAGAUGCCAUCUUCUUUCCUCCUCCAAAUUAAGAAGGAAACUCGCUUCUAUAAUUCUAUUUCCUUAGUUACUACUUGCUACAAUAAAGGGCUUCUAGUUCUGGAACUGUUUCAGCCCUCAUUGACAAUGAGUUCAACUUAGAUUGCAGGCUUUUCCCUGAAAACCAAACAGGGUUACUUUAUAAGUGUUUUUCUUGUUUACGAGUUCUAGCUUAUGUUUGUCUUUGUUCUUAUCACCUUCAUGAAGUUCAAUUCAAGAAAUCACAAAUUGAAGUGCUGUUUCUGAUUA